AUGCGCGGCCAGACGGAGAUAACCCCUUCGAGUCCUUGUGGAGAUGCGCCCGUCGUUAGCAUUGAAGCAGGUCCUUUGCUCUGGGACAGUGGAGAUGAAGCGCUGGGAAGAUGGAGAGGCCAUGUAAAUGCUUCUGCAGUUCACCCCACAGUCAAGCGGCAACCUUGUCGGUUAGACCCGAAUUUGCGAGGGAUAACUUUGCUCCUAGUGGCCAGCCUUGCUGCAGCAUUUGUUCUACUGCGUUGUUAUCGUCAGCUCACCGUAGUUAUCAGCCUUGGGAAAAGACCUCUGAGGUCGCUGGCUGACGGGAAAGAGGCAGGGCGGGAAACGGAGUGCAUGGGAGCCGACUGGGCAAUCGUAAAAUCGCCUGCAGGUGCCAGUGAUGGACUUGAACUAGCAGUGCAGCGACGGACUGAAAGUGUAGUGAGAAGGAUAAUACAGGCAACGAAAGACUGCGCGUCUGUUGCGGCUUUGCUGCCGUCGACAUUACCAUUGAGGGUAGCCGAUCUUUUCUUGGGAUUUGGCAUUCAAGAGGUCGCCGCUCUGUCAGUGCUGCUGGGAAGACAGUUUGAAGAACAAAAGGCGGAGGUCCUUCAGACAACUGUACAGGCGGCUCAGGAGCUGAAGUGGUUUUGUCGGCAGCGUACCACAAGGGGGCAGCAACAGCAUGCAUCUCGGCUUGUGCGAUAUGCUCUAGAUCUAUGGGCUGCUGACCCGGAAGUCCUUCCUCUCGCCAAUGAGGUACGUUUGCAGAUGCUGGAGGAGCUUCUGGAACUUCAGGAAACAGCCCUAGGACUCAUAGAGAAUGCCGUUUUGUCAGUUUUGAAUUCCCAAAGCUCAGGCAAGUCAGUUCCUGCGGAACUUGCGUAUGACUUAACCGAGGAAUUGAAACGCAUCAUAUACACCCGCCGUACUCAGGUGUUCAAGAGUAAGCAUUUGAGUCACAGCCUGCGAGACUUUGAAGAACGCCUUACCCGAGGAAACAUAGUGCAUGGGCUGGACUUCCAAGAUCUAGACAGGAAACCUCAACAAACACUCGAAGAGCAGCUUGCCGAGUUAAUUGACGGUGAGGAGUGGGUUAGAUUUCCCCUGAAGCAGACUCAAAGUACUCUGCUAGAGGCCUCUGUUCAAAAACAAGAACCCCCAGCAAAACAAGGCGAACCCGAAGGAAUCCAGAGCUCUGCUACCGGAGGCGCCCAAGCCCGAAAAAUGCUACAGAGAAGCAAUUUCCCAAAAUUCGAGGUACCUCCACGAUUUAGAGGCAUGAGCCGUUUCUCCACACAGCAAGCGCGAGACGAGUGGGCACAAGCAGGUUUGGCAGGAACACACACUGGACAGACCGAGCAGACACCAGGCGGCCUUGAUCCUUCAUAUAAAACUCAAAGGUCGCAGGCCGGUCAUGCCCUGCCUCACCAAGCUCUGGCUACCGCCUCUUCUUCUGGUCAGGUAUUGCCUGAGACAGGAAGAGCUUCUCCGGAGUUGUCGCUAGGGCCCAUCCAGUCCAAGGAACCCUGGAAUAAUAGCCGCUGUUAUGGCACUGCAGCUUCUCCGGCCACGAGGCCACAACCAACAGCGCCAAUAGCAGAAGCGUUGGAGGCCUACUGGCAGACAAGGGGUGAUAAAAUGCCAUUUGAAGUCCCCAGAGAAGCGGCGUGGUCUCCGUGGUCUAGUGUCUGGGCCCCCAGCCUACCGCUUCCACCUCAGCUUCCGCCUAGAGAUUCAACUUCCUCAACGACAGCACAUAUGGCUCACGGGCGUGAGGGAGUCAGUUCACAUGAACCCCCACACUCCAUGGUUUGGCCAGGUCCUGUUCCUCCCUCUUCGUUUCAGUUCACGACACCACAAUCAAUUGCUAGGGGCGCUGUGGAGAUGCUAUUCUCCCUACGACCACAGACCCAGCCUACGGGCAGGCAUCUCAUCGCCAGAGUCCUGUCAAGGCCAAGUUUUGAUUCUCUUUCCAUGUCCACUUCGUCUCUGUUAAUGAACGAGCAGGCAAUUCAGUCAACAGGUAUGUCCAGCUCCUCAGGUUCAGCGAGGAGCCGUGAAUACCUCUAUUCGUUGCGAGAAUAG